UAUAUUUUCUUCAACUAAAACAAAACAGCAUAUUCACUCUUUAACUCAUUGUUGCUUCUCUUCAAGUCAUUCUGUUAUUUUUUUUUCCCAACAUGAAAGGAAUGGAUAUUUUCUGUUCAACUCCUGCUUCUACAGCCGUCUGCUCUAGCAUGGUGAACCACCGUUCCAUCCGCCGUAGCCAUAGCUCAAAACCUUAUGCUCCUUGUUCGUCACAAUUGCCCAUAAUUCCUCGGCCUUAUCACGAGAAGAGCAGAAAGAGUUCGGCUAAGCAAAGUGAUUUACAUAGAAAAAGCUCAGCUGAUAUAAGUGAUCUGAACAGUACUCAUGGUUCGUCUCAAUAUCUCCUAAGUGAUAAACCUUUUAUUGACUGGCUGUCGGAGUCUGAUCGUGUCUCGGCAUUGGUUCCUGCUGAUCAGUCUGCAAAGUCUCGGCAUGUAAGUUCAAACGAGUCUCUUGCUUUAAUUAAGUCCUCUUCAACAACUAAGUCCCCUCAGCAGGUUGUGGUUUUGAGGGUGUCAAUUCAUUGCAAGGGCUGUGAAGGAAAAGUGAGAAAACAUAUCUCAAAAAUGGAAGGAGUGACAUCAUUCAGUAUAGAUUUGGAGACAAAGAAGGUGACGAUCAUCGGGAACGUGACCCCUUUAGGCGUGCUUGCCAGUGUUUCAAGGGUGAAGAGCGCACAGCUUUGGCCAACAUCAUCAUCGCCAUCUUCAAAUUCGCCUGUGGUCAACAUGAGUUACUGA